CAUUCAGCCACGGAUCGGCGACUACACCACCGAUCCGCCACCAAUAAUCCGCCGAUUUAACAAUGGAGGGAGUUGGGGCACGUCUCGGGCGGUCCUCGACUCGAUACGGACCGGCCACGGUGUUCACUGGACCGGUUCGGAAGUGGAAGAAGAAAUGGGUCCCUGUAACACCACCCAAUUCCAACAAUCACUCUCAGCAUCAAACAGCUGCUAGUAAUGGUAAUGCUAACGGUAGUAACGGCUCUCAUCUCUUUCUCUACAAGUGGACCCCAAUUUCCCAAAGCCAAAACAGCAACAACAACAACAACAAUAACAAUGACAGUAACAGCAAUGGCGAGACCAAGAAUUCUGGUAAAGACGACGUCGUUGCAUUGGAGGAGCCACCAAGACGUAAAUUCAAAUAUAUUCCGAUUGCUGUGCUGGAAGAUCAAAAGGAUGAAGCUGCAGAACAAGUUGAGACCAACACAAAUGCAACAGAAUCAACUUCCAAAACCGAUAGUGUUGACGAAAAACCUGACAUCAACGAUGUGCCAAUGGAAGAAAAUCAGGCCCCAGAGAGUAAUUCACUAGCAAGGCAAGAUCUAAAUGAAAGCACUUUGGAUUUGAGUUUGGGCUUGAACGGCCAUGAUGGCAACAACGACACUGACUCAAAAACAAAUCAGUCUAAAAAUGGUCAAUUGUAG